GGUCACGCGCUGGAGGUCACGAUUCCCCGCCCCCGUCCCUCCCGCCGCCGCCAUUGCUCCAUGUGGGAGCCGGCAGCGCUGAGGAGGUGACCGUCCGCCCGGGGGCGCGGGGCCGGGGGGGAGAAGGAAAGAUGUUGGCGGCGCUGGGGAGAGGGACCGCGACAGCCCGGGGCCUGCUCAGGAGAGAGCUGCGAACCUUCUGUGCAUUACGAGCCCUGAGGACCAGUGCCUGCUAUUACAAUGACAGUCUGGCAACGCCACCUCUCGACACUGCCCCUAAGGAUUAUUCACCAAAGAUAAAGCAGCUGGUGCAGGAAAUAGCGAGCUUGACACUUCUGGAAAUCUCUGACUUAAAUGAACUGCUUAAGAAAACAUUGAAAAUUCAGGAUAUCGGAAUGAUGCCGAUGGCAGGACCGAUGGCAGCUGCUCAGCCAGAUUCCCAGGCAGACGAAGACACUGCCCAGGUCAAAAAAGAGAAAUCCCUUUUCACAGUGAAACUGACAGAAUUCAAAGCAGCAGAAAUGAAGCUCAUUAAAGAGGUGAAGAACUGUAUUCCUGGCCUCAACCUGGUGCAGGCGAAGAAACUGGUGGAGUCUCUUCCUCAAGAGGUCAAGGCUAAAGUCGGGAAGGAGGAAGCAGAGAAACUGAAGGCUGCCCUUGAAGCAGCGGGAGGAACUGUCCAGCUGGAGUAACCUUUCCUGCUCGCUUAGCCACUGCAGGGUACCGUGGAGACUGGUCGCAAGACCUUCCUUAGUGGUCCUGUACACUGACUGGUGUCCUGGAGCUGCUGUAUACUGUGUCAUGGGACUUACUUUACAGUGGGGAGUGUGGGUUGACCAAGAUAUUGUUUGUAUGUGUGUGUCUACUUAUUAUGAUUUUAUACCACUGCCUGAGUGUGCAGUUAUUGGUCCGAUAGGAAUUGGAGAUUUUGUAAAUGCUCACAUAAACGAACAUAAUCAACGGAA